CCAAAAUGGAAGUUGACUCGAGUAGUGACGAUGAUUGGGUACCCCAUCGGGAGCAGCCUCAAAAAAUGAAAGAGAGUAGUUUAAGAGUUCUAGAAGAAGGAAAAGAACAUCAGAAGAACUUAAAUAAAAAGAUAGUUAAAAUCAGUUUUAAAGAACAUAAGCGCAAGGAAAAUCUCAAGCAAAAGAAGGAUGAAAAGAAUGCAAUUGAGGUUGAUGAAAACCAAGACUCAGAAGAGGACGAAAAGGACAAAGAUGAUGACUGGAAGCCAGAAUACUCCCAAAUAAUUGGAGUCAAGAAUUUAAAAGAACAUCAAGACAAAAUCAAAAAGCAAUCCAAAAUGUUUAACCCUUGUGAGGAUGAAGAGAACGAGAGGUGGCUCAAGGAAAGGUUUCCCAGCUAUACUCAGAAUGGAAAGAAAAAGAAUGAAACAAAACUUGAAAAUUUACAGAAUGAACCACUGAACUGUCUGAGUUGUUUUGAAUUAAUAUGCCUAGAAUCACAACCACAUGAGAAUUAUAAAAACCAGUAUCGAGCAGAAAGAGUUGUAAAUUGUGAAGUUAACCAAAACAAGAUGUUAAACCUGAACAAGCAUGGAGAAAACUAUUCACUUGAUGAGCCACAAGAAGCCUUAUUCGAAUUAAAAUGUACCAGCUGUGGGAACAAAGUUGGGUUCUAUGAUCAUACCAACAAGUGGUAUCUUCUUGUUUUCUAAUUCCAAAAUGUGAAGAAAUACAAGAGUUCAAUAUUAUGGU